AGCUGCUGCUGUUGCUGCGGGAACAGGAAGAGGGAGGAGGAGCUUGACUUGUCUGUCUUUGGUUCCAGAGCAGAAAAAAUGCAGCUCUCUCUGGGAAAUGCGCUCCUUUCCGUUUGGGAAACAGGGCCCCUGCAGAGCCUCCUUCUCUUCUUUGCCAUCCUCCUCAUCCUGGCACAGUAUCUGCAGAGGAGGAGGCAGCAUCACAACUGUCCCCCUAGUCCUCCUGGGCUGCCCAUAUUGGGCAACUUCUUCCAGAUGGUCUUUAAAAACCCCCAAAUGACCAUCCAAAAGUUUGCCAAGAAAUAUGGAAAUGUUUUCUGGAUACAUGUGGGCAGUUUAACUUAUAUGACAGCAACCGGAUUGCCACUGAUCAAGGAGGUCCUGCUCAACCAAGCCCAGGUGUUUAUUGAUCGUCCCCAAGUUCCUGUGCACUUCCAUGGUUUUAAAACACUUGCAAAAGGAGAAGUUUUGAAUACUGUAGAUAAGGUCACUUGCCUUGCCAGUAUACUUUUCAGAGAUGUAGACAUUGAUAAUGAGGUUGACACAUUGCCAGAGCUAGUUCAGAGUUUGGGAGGUUCUGAAGCAACGUGUGGGAGAGAAGAGCUCUACAAAAUGUUUCCUUGGAUAAUGAAAUUCCUGCCAGGAAAUCACCAGAAGUUCUUUAGAGAAUGGAAGAAGCUAGAAACUUUUGUAGAAUGUGUGAUCAAACAACACAAGGAAGACCUGAACCCAGAGGAGACCCUGGACUUCAUUGAUGCUUACCUGAAGGAGCUGUCCAAGGAUAACAUCCAUUCUUGUUUUAAUGAAAAAAAAUUAGUCUUCUGCACUCUGGACCUCUUCUUUGCUGGAACAGAGACAACUUCUACCACACUGAGGUGGGCACUGCUGUAUAUGCCCCUUUAUCCAGAGAUCCAAGGUAAAAUACAAGCUGAGAUUGACUGGGUGGUUGGCCAGUCGAGGCAGCCCACCAUGGCUGAUAAGGAGAAUAUGCCCUACACUAAUGCAGCCAUUCAUGAAGUUCAGAGAAUGGGUUAUAUUGUUCCUUUCAAUGUGACCCGGGUGGCUACAGUUGAUACAACAGUGGAAGAAUACCAUGUGCCAAAGGGAGCUGUGCUUAUGACCAACUUGACUGCCUUGCACAGAGACCCCAAGGAGUGGGCUACCCCAGAAACUUUCAACCCGGAACAUUUUCUAGAGAAUGGUCAAUUUAAGAAGAGAGAGUUCUUCCUGCCUUUCUCAAUAGGAAAGAGGGUGUGCCUGGGAGAACAGCUGGCUCAAGGUGAGCUCUUCCUUUUCUUCACUUGCCUGCUCCAGAAAUUCACAUUCCAGGCUCCCCCAAACAUCCAGCUGAGCAUGGAAAUCCGAUCUGGCUUAACCAUCUCUCCUGCCUCCUACCAAAUCUGUGCCAUUCCUAGAGUGAUGUAGGCCAAGCUAGGCAUGUAGGGUGGACUUCCAGAGAAGGACCUGGAACCACCCUUAUGCUCCAAGAUCACUUGCCCUUCCUUUUGGAGCUUGGGUGGGGAAAGGGCAAGACAUCACACAGGUGAGAAGAGAAGAGGGAGACAAAGG